GCACUGCCUGUGCAUCGAGCACCACCUCACCCACCUCUGCACUCAGCACCCCCUACUUCUGCGCACGCCAUGUCGCCGUCGCCUCGCAGCGACGAGGCGCCGUCCGAAGGCGCCACGUCGCCGCGCCAGCAGCGCUCGCGCAACGCGGCCGCACAGGCCGCGCUGCGGCUGCGGCGCAAGCAGCACACCGACGAGCUGGCGCACCGCGUCGCCACGCUCGAGGCCGACUUUGACGCCGAGCGCCAGCUGACGCGCGCGCUGCAACGCCAGCUUGCCGCCGCCGAGGCCCAGCUGGCCGUGUGGCGCGCCGCCGUGGGCGCCGGCGAGGGGCUCGAGCAGGCUGCCGUGCGCGAGCGCGAGCGUCGCGAGUGCCUGGCCGAUGGCUUGCUCGACAUUCGGCGGCAGGUUGAUGCGCUGCUAGCGGGCGCAGGCACGCGCAAGGCGCCGGCAGACGCUGGGCAGCCGAGCGAUGGCGCCGCCUCGCCGCAGGUCGCCUGGCCGCCUCUCUCGGUCGACUACAGCGCCAUGGCUGCUCCCGCAGGCGCCAACAAGCGGCGUCGCAGCGGUGACCCUACGAACGCUGCGCCGCUGCUUAGCGCACAAGCCUCUCGGCCUGCGCAAAUCGUAUCGCAGACCUACGGAACGAGCAGCUCGCAAAGCGAAGCCUCGUCUUCCCGCUCCGCGCUCGAUGCAGACGACAUGGCCUAUCUCGACGCGCUGCCAGAGGUGCAAGCGCAAGCCAUGCUCUCCGAUGCCGAUCUCUGGAUGUCGGCAGCAGCGAUGACGGGAGUCUCCGCUCCAGAUGCGUCGCUCGCCAGUGUCCCAGCAUCUUUCGCGUCCAUCUCCUCGCUUCCCGCGCCUGCAAGCUCCGACUUCGGCUCGGAAUUCGCGCCGCACCGCUUCGCAGAGCUGCUUGACAAGCGCAAGUCGAUGCCAUCGCAAGCACUAUCCUCGGCGAGUGUUGACCGAAGCCGCGUCGUCCGCCCACCUGCGGAGGAGCUAGGCAUCCUAGAUGACACCUCUCCUUCUUCCCCCCGCAUGCGUCUCAACACCUCAACACCAACAGGUAUGACAGCGAUGAGCCGCGCACAGCUGACGUUGCGGGCGUUUCACGCAUCUAUGCGACUGUGCCGGCGUGUCGUGUGUGGCAAUGAGAGUGUCUUGUUACCAGUCG